CUUUUCAACACUCUUGUCUCCGCCUCAUUUUAGCUUCCACGAACACACGCCUGAAACAGAUCCGUUAUCAGAAGCACAAGCUUAGCUGGUAUAUAUAUCUCCGAGUCUGAGCAAUGGCUUUGGUCAUGCACUCGUACAAGGGAAACAAAAACUCUGACAAGGCAUUCAUUGCCGCAGAGUUCACUGGUGUGAAGAUCGACAUGCCUUCUGACUUUGAGAUGGGUGUCACCAACAAAACCCCUGAGUUCCUCAAGAUGAACCCUUUGGGAAAGAUUCCUGUACUUGAGACUCCUGAGGGUCCUAUAUUUGAGAGCAACGCCAUUGCCCGUUAUGUAAGCAGAUUGAACGGUGAGAACUCCUUGAACGGAUCCUCCCUCAUCGAAUAUGCACAUGUUGAGCAAUGGAUUGAUUUCUCUUCAUUGGAGAUUUAUGGAAACAUCUUCAACUGGUUCGUCCCAAGAAUGGGCUUUAUGCCAUACAGUGUUCCCGGUGAGGAAGCUGCGAUCUCUGCUUUGAAAAGAGGACUUGAUGCUCUGAACACACACCUCGCUUCCAACACUUACCUUGUUGGACACUCUGUUACCCUUGCUGAUAUCAUCACUGUCUGCAACUUGAACUUGGGAUUCUCCACUGUCAUGACCAAGAGCUUCACCUCUGCAUUCCCUCACGUUGAGAGAUACUUCUGGACUUUGAUCAACCAACCAAACUUCAAGAAGGUGGUGGGUGAUGUUAAACAAACUGAAGCUGUUCCCCCAAUCAAGAAAGCUGGCCAGCCUGCAAAGCCCAAGGAGCAGCCUAAGAAAAAGGAAGCCCCUGCAGCAGAGGCACCUAAGCCUGUCGAAGAAGAAGAGGCACCAAAGCCUAAAGCAAAGAACCCUCUUGACUUGCUACCACCAAGCCCAAUGGUUCUUGAUGAGUGGAAGAGGCUUUACUCCAACACCAAAUCUAACUUCCGGGAGGUUGCUAUUAAAGGAUUCUGGGACAUGUAUGACCCAGAGGGAUACUCACUAUGGUUCUGUGACUACAAGUACAACGACGAGAACAUGGUAUCCUUUGUCACGCUCAACAAGGUAGGAGGGUUCCUUCAGCGAAUGGACUUGGCACGUAAAUACGCCUUUGGAAAGAUGCUAAUCUGUGGAUCAGAGGGUCCCUUCAAGGUGAAAGGUCUGUGGUUGUUCCGUGGAACAGAGAUCCCCAAGUUCGUAAUGGACGAGGUGUAUGACAUGGAGCUCUACGAGUGGACCAAGGUUGACAUCUCCGAUGAAGCUCAGAAGGAACGUGUUAGCCAGAUGAUUGAAGACGCAGAGCCAUUUGAAGGUGAAGCUCUCUUGGAUGCCAAGUGCUUCAAGUGAAAAAAAACAUAAUUGGUUUUGUUUGAUACUACUCCGUAGUGUUCUUGCUCUAUGACUUUUGUUUUGAUAUCUUAUGUGAUUGCUUAUACUGUUUUUUUCUUAAUUUAUACUUGUUCUUGUUAAUGUUUCUAUUUUGACUUCAUUUUAAUAUGUUAUAUGGCACAGUGUUGUUAUGUUAAACUCUGAGGAAAAAAUAACCAUUCCAUGUGACCAUAGAAGUCUAAGAGAGAUACAUUUAUACACUCAAUUUGAAGCACCAACUAAUAGCAAUCAUUACAAGAACUAAAACAACGAACAUCAUUACACACACCACCAAACUCCAAGAUCCGUCUCUGUGCGUCAUAAUCAAGGGAGCUUAGCAUAUUCCAAACCAAAAAAGACAAUGGGAGGAGAAAGUGGUAGACAUAUAAUACCCCAGAAUCCAAACAGGUUCAUGAGGAAACAUACCAACGUCAAGAUCCCGAAGAAAAUAGCCAUCUCUUCGAGAAUCCUAUAGUGUGGAGUAAAGAACUGCGUGGAAUCAGUAGUGGCCACGUAGUAGGAAUAUAGAUUGCGAAACGUGAGAUAAGUAGACGCAUUCAUGGCAGCAAAGAGACCCAUCAUCGAUCGGAAACUUACUUUCCAGAUCUGAAAGCUAGCCAAAUCGAUGAUCUCAGGUUUCCCUUCUCGGAAAAGAAUCACCAGCAGAAAGAAGAGAGUCACUUGCAGGAGGAUAUGAUAUGUGGCCGCGAGUUUCUUGAAAACGUCUUCCGACCAUACGAUUGCGUAACUGAAUCCAUAGUCGUUCAUCAUUUUUACAAAAGGAGACUGAGGUUGAAGAAGAAGAAGAAGAGACUGAGGAAACUAAUCGGCGAGCUGUUUUGUGCUUUUUAAGGUUUGAUCAAUAAAAAAAGUAGAGAGAUGGGUCGCCG